AUGAUUGAUUGUCUUGAAUUGCUAGCUUUUACAAUAGGGAUAUUAAUAUUUCUGAGACAAUUUUGGAGAAUACUUGUUGUAAUAUCAAGGCUUUAUUUUGGCACAAAAGUAACCACUUAAAGAUAUGGAGAAAAUAGUUGGGCAAUUGUAACUGGAAGCACUGAUGGAAUAGGCAAAAGAAUAGCGAUAGAGCUAGCUAAAAGAGGAUUUAAUAUAGUAUAGAUAGCAAGAAACCCUGAAAAACUAUAAGCUGUCUCAUAAGAAAUAUAAUAGAAACAUAACAGGCAGACAAGAGAUAUAGUUUUUGACUUUGGUAAAGACGUCACAUUUAAAUCUUACCAAGAUCUUAUCCAAAGAGUAGCCGAUUUAGAUGUUUCAGUUGUAGUCAAUAAUGUUGGCAUGUGCAACGAUCCUAAUAAGUUCGAAAACACUUUGCCAAAAGAUCACCUAAAUGAAUGCAUCGUAAAUUGCUAUCCAAUGGUGAUGUUUACUAAAGUUGUAAUCGACAAACUUAAGCAAAGAUAUGCAGAGAAAAAAUUGAGAACUCUGAUAUUAAAUGUGUCAUCACUUGCAGUGAACAUACCGUAGUCAUAUCUUGCAUCACAAUGUGGCACUAAGAUGCUAUGUGAUAGAUUUUCCAAAUCAUUAAACUAUGAAAUGAGAGGAAGUGGAAUAGAUAUGUUGACACUUUAACCUGGUAUGGUAUCUACCAACAGAACUGGAUUUGAGGCAACUAAAUAAGGAGUAGUGACGCCAGAGUAAUGUGCUGUUGGGGCAUUAAAUAAUGCUACUAGUUUUGAAACAUUUGGCACAUUUAGUCAUGAAAUUAUGAAUUUGUUCGUUUUGAAUUUGAUCAUGGAUUUUAUACCUUGGAAAUAUGUUAUGAUUAUUUCUAGGAAAAUUGGUGAAAAUCUAGUUUUUAAACGAAAACAAGCUUGA